AUGAUAAGAGAGCAAUAUGGCGAGCCAAGGCCGUUUACAGAACAAGAUGAACAAUUUAUGGUUGCAAUGAGAACUGCGGAUAUGAAUCAGACCAGGAUAUUGCUUCACGAGAACCCCGAUCUGAUCCAGCUCGAUGGAUUUCCAUCUUCUUCUGGCUGGAGGGACUCCCCCUUGUGCCAUCUGGUCUACUUCCGUGAGAAUCCAGAACAACGUGUUUCAGCUGUGGAAUACUUGAUCUCCCGCGGCGCUGAUAUCAAUUAUGUCAACUCGAAGGGAAAUUCAGUGCUGCAAGUGGCGCUGUCUGAAAAUCACGGGCCACCCAUUGUGGCCAUUUUACGAUUGCUAAUCUCAAACGGAGCUGUCCUCAACCACGUUGGCGGUCGGCUGAUCUCAGUAAUCUGGCAAGCUGCUCGUCGCUCAAAAAUGGUGAAAUCCAUCAUCGCCGCUGCGUUGAGAGAUCGACCGCACCAGCUAGAAUCGUUGCUAGUUCGAGGCUCAGACUCCGACCAGUUUUGGCGAAACAUGGUGGCGAUGACUUCGCUUGGAUUUGGAAAUACGCUAGAGAAGACAUUGGCGAAGUUGGACAAGGUGCUUUUGAAUGAAGGAUUGUUGAAGGUCUGCGGCGAUGCUGGCUGGGACAAGGGCGACUUUAACAAUGACCGAGUCAUUCUCGCCAGAAUUUUACUGAACCUCGGUGCCGAUGCAGAAACUGAAAAUAAAUACGGAAAGAGCGCGAUUCAAAUUGCUGACAUGAGGAAUCGAGGCAAUCUUGCUGAUUUUCUUCAAAAUCCAAAUCAACCGGAAGAACCACCGGCUUUGAAGCGGCAGCUGACGAUGGAGAGGAUUUUGAAGGAUAGACAGAAUCGGGAGCAAAAGCUCUUGCGACAACGAGAGCAACGUGAACAACAACCACAUCCCCUGUCCCUCUUCGACAAAUACAACCAGCGUCGAUCCUCACAAGAGUCCUUGGCCAGUCCUUCUUCGACCCGUCAGCAAGUUGACCUCCGCGGCCUCGGGCAGAGCAAGAAUGACCGACCCUUGGUUACAAAAGGUCAAAUGUUGAAGCUCAAUGUCCCAAAAUCUGCAGUUACUCGAAUGUCCCGUCGAGAAUCGACUGACAACAUGAGCGAUGUUGUCUCCGCGCCGAGUUCUCCAACAAACUCGACUUGUUCCAGCUCGUCAAUAACGAUGAACGGGUACGGCCAAUCCGCAACGUUGCCGAGAAACUUUCCAAGAUCGCCUCAACGAUCACUGUCAAACCCGGCCUUAGACACGGUGACGAGCCCAGGUCAACGAGGACCGGUAGUAAAGGGUCAAAAUAAAAUUGAGAUGAAAAUUGGCCAGCGACCAGAGAGAACCUUCCUGCCCAAGGAACCACUGAUGAACUAUUCUUUGCAUAGUGAGCCUGAAGUAGCGAGUAACGGACCCAUGGGAGCUAUUCAAAAUCAACGAAUUGUAGAACUGAUGACAAAUCAAGUUAAAAAUCUGCAAGUGCAAAAGCAAGGCCUCGAAAUGGCGAUGAUGGAGAUGAAAAAUGAAAUAGCGAAUGAAAGGCAAGUAUUUCAUCGUGAGAAAGAAAAAUGGAUGCGGGAGAUGAAUCGAAUGAAAGCCGCGCAAGAACUUGAGAGAAAAGAAUUUGAACGCCAGAAAUACAUAUUCACGAAAAAGUUGGAGUACAAAGAUAAAGUUCUUCAAGAUGCACGAGGUGUUCUGAGCAGCUACGAUGAUCUGGAUUUUGACUAG